UCAACUAACCAAAGUUUUAAUAGUGAGCAAAAUGUGCAACAAAAUCACGGUACUAACCCUACUGUAUGUGACGAUAUUCGUCGCCGUAGUGAAAAGUGAAGAUGCAGCUUCCGGAAAGGUGAUGGAUUUCAUGGGCAAAGACAUGAGCGUCGGCCGUACGUUCGGUCACAAUGCCCUCAAGAGGCUGUCCUUCAUCUUCCUUCCCGUGAUGUUCACUCUGGGCGUCAUCUCUACCUUGCUGAUGGCCUUGGCCGUCAUCUCUGUCAAGAACCUGGCCAUCGGCGUCAUUCUUCUCAUCGUUGCUAUUAGUCAAGCGGUAUCCAGGCUGUUCUUCGCGGCAUCAGCGCCGUCUUCCCUGGUGCAUCUCCAUCCACGAGCUGAACUGCUGCCGGCCCCAGUCGCCGCACCUUGGCCCGCCCCUGGCCCCCUACUGUCCCCGUGGGCCAGAUCUGACAAUGACGCCACCAUUUCUGACUAAACGAUCACCCGGCUAAUUUUCUUUGGUUUUACACUUACAAUAAUUUACGAACUCGAAGAGAGAUUUCGCUUCAAACUUA